AUGACAGAUUCCGACCAGUUUGAAGACUCGAGGGAGAGCCUCCAGCUGGGAGCCAAUGCCGCCCCAGUGCAAAUCUCAGCCGUCAGCUUGAAGCUACCGCCGUUCUGGCAGAAGCAGCCCAGCAUCUGGUUCACGACUAUCGAGGCCCAGUUCAGCCUGCGCAAGAUUACCGACGACCAGACGAAAUUUGAGUAUGCCCUUACUGCUCUAGACCAGGACGCACAGGAACGAGUCGCGGAUUUCUUCGACGCCCUUCCCUCCGCGGGGUCGAGAUACGCGAACUUCAAAGCAAGGCUUCUCGAUUCUUUCAAAGUCAAUCAACACCAGCGGCUGGCUGCGCUAAUAUCUCUGACCAUGGGUGAUGAUACGCCGUCCAGACUCCUGGACAGGAUGCUAGGUCUGUACCGGCCAGACGCGGGCGCUGAGACGAACCCCCUAUUCCGAUUCCAUUUCAUCCAGAAGCUUCCGGCCUCUGUCCGAGAGCAAGCCGCCGCGCUUGACGAUCUCAAACUCCGGGAGCUGGCGAAGUUCUGCGACAAGGUGUUCGCUCAGCGGCAGACGACGACCGCUUACAAUGUACAAGACGGAGAAUCCACCGAAGUUGAAGCGGUUCAGCGGCUCGUGCGGGGGAAAUGCCCUCGCCGGCCGUCAGUAAUCGCUUGUACGGCCGGCGCGCAGCAGAAAGGCGAUCUCUUCUUCGUGUUCUGUGCCGAGUCAAGGCGAAAUUUCCUAGUAGAUUCAGGGGCACAAGUCAGUAUCGUUCCGCCGGCGCCGGGUGAUCGCUUGGUUCCUAGUUCGCACAGCCUCCUAGCCGCAAAUCAUACUCCAAUCACUUCGUACGGGAAGAAAGAUCUCAAGCUGAACCUCGCAAACCGAUUCACAUUCACAUGGACCUUCAUCGUGGCUGACGUCAAACACGCCAUUUUAGGAUCCGAUUUCCUUCGAAACGCUGGACUCUUGAUUGAUCUUCCCGGAAGGAGACUCAUAGACACCGUAUCGCUAGCGGUCAUUCCUCUCCACACACCACGGUCUCGGAGCAUAGUCAGCAUACUGACGAAGGCUAGCAAUGACUUCGAGGCGCUUCUCCUACGUUUCCCCGCCGUUCUCACACCGCGUUUCAACGCCGCAGUCAAGCACAAAGUCCAACAUCAUGUUGUGACUAAAGGUCCUCCUCGUCACGCCAGAGCACGGCGUUUGGCCCCCGACGUACUACGGGAAGUCAAGAAGGAGUUCCAAUCUUUGGAAAAACUCGGUAUCAUCAGGAAAUCGUGUAGCCCUUGGUCGAGCCCACUCCAUGUUGUGCCGAAGGCAGAUGGCACCAAGCGACCCUGUGGCGAUUUCCGUCAGGUUAAUGACAUCACUGAGCCUGACCGCUAUCCACUACCUCACAUACACGAUUUCGCGUCUAACUUGCACGGCUGCAAGAUCUUCUCCAAAAUUGACCUAGUGAAAGGUUACCACCAGAUACCCAUGGCCCCGGAAGACAUUCCGAAGACAGCAAUCAUUACCCCUUUCGGUCUGUGGGAAUAUACAAGGAUGCCC